AUGUCUAUGACCUCUCUGAAUUCCGGGUCCUUUGCUGAAACCAACGUCCAGUGGCCCGUAGUUCGCUCAGCCUAUGAAAUUGUUAAAUCCAUUGGUCAAGGUGCCACCUCUACUGUUCAUGAAGCCCUUUGCAAGCCUCUCAACCGAAAAUGUGCAAUGAAAAUAAUUAACUUGGACAAAUCAAAUACAUCUGCUUCUCUAGAAGAAAUUAACCGCGAGAUUAAAUCCAUGAAAAAUAUGAAAAAUGAGAACAUUGUUGCCUAUUACGCGUCGUUUGUUGACAAAACCGAACUUUGCAUUGUAAUGGACCUUUGCCAAAGAGGUUCGUUGCUGGAUGUUAUCAAGUUCAUUCAAAGCAAAAGGGACAUAACUUACGGAGUAUUCGAUGAAUACACAAUUGCGACAAUUCUCAAAGAUGUUCUUCGUGGAUUGGCAUACAUUCAUGAGGGUGGCCUUGUUCAUAGAGAUCUAAAGUGCGGAAACCUGCUUGUUAAGGAUGAUGGAGUUAUUCAAAUAGCCGAUUUCGGAGUAGCUGGUUUCUUGGCCAGUCAACCACUCUCUGAGACCGGAAGUAUGGGCCCUCGUCGAUUCACUUUCGUUGGAACUCCAUGUUGGAUGGCUCCGGAAGUCAUGCAACAGACUGGUGGCUACAACCACAAGGCGGAUAUUUGGUCUAUAGGAAUAACGACAAUUGAGAUGGCAACGGGACAGGCUCCUUACGCUAAAUACACACCAAUGAAGGUUCUCAUGCUAACAUUGAAGAAUGAUCCACCAGACAUUGAUACCGGAGCUACCGUCUCAAAUCAAUACGUGGAAUAUGGGCAUAAAUUCAGGAAGUUCACUAAAUCCUGUCUUACCAAAGAUCCUGCUCAACGACCCACUGCCAAGGAACUUCUCAGUCACUCAUAUGUCAAAUCGAAAGCCAAAGACCGUGAGUUGUUAUGUCGUGUGCUGUUGAGUGGAGAAGUGCCUACCCCACCUCUGAAGCAAAAUCGUCAUCACGAGGAUCGUUCCGAGAAACGUGAUAAGUCCAACGUAUUUACAGAAUGGGACUUUGAUACCAUUGGACGUGGUGGAGGACCUUCGGGUGGUCAUUUUUACAACAGUGACGAGGACAGUGAUGAGGGAGGAGUUGUCGGUCAAGAGACCCUUCCUGCCGGUGCUGGAGCCGCCACGGCUGCCGCUGUUUCAGUUCAACAACAACCUCCUGUUCCACCUCCUAGAUCUGGGUCGACAGCGGAUCCCUCUCCCACCCAACCACUCCCACCGGCUCCUGCUGGAACUCCUGCGUCUCCAUUGCCUCAAAUUGCCAAUCCAAACUUUGGAAAUAUCACAAAUUUCUCGCAUCUGACUGCUAAUGAUCAGGGUAGCUCUGGAGAGCCGACUGGUCCAUACUAUCGUCUUACUCUUCGCAAGCGAAAUCCACGCCAAAAGAAUGAAUUACAAGACAUCAGUUUCAACUUUGUCAUUGGAAAAGAUUCUGCUGACGUUUUGGCCCGAGAGUUAGUCGAAGCUGAUCUUCUAGAUGGUUGUGAUUCACUCAUUGUUGCCCAUCAUAUGAGUGAACUAGUGGCUCGUCCCCACGAAAAGGAACACUGCUUCCCAUUGAACUCACCAACGCCACAUGGCCAAGUUCCCGUUGAAUCGGAGUUACACGGCUAUGCGAAACUCAUUAUUCGCCCUAUGGAAGGAGCUCCUCAUGCUUUCAGGUUUAAGUUCUCCUCUUUUCCUAGUUCUAAGUCAGUACCCAGCACUCUCAGUGAAAAUUUCGUGCCUUCUGUUAGCAACCUUACCCUCUUUUGCUAUUUUCGUCUCUUAGCUCCUUUCUCUGCUUAA